AAUAAUACAUUAAAUAUAAGAAAGGAUAGAAUACUUCGAUCCUCGCAGAGCUUCAAGUUAUGUUACUAUCCUUCAAAGAUGACAGUCGUUCACCGGACAUCCAAAAACCUCAAAACUUUCAAUAUAUGAAGAUACUUCGCUUUAAUUUAAAGAUAAUAUGCGCCUGGCCGGAAAAACAACUGAACGAAAUACGAUCAUUGGGACAUUCGAUUCACCGGGUUAUAUUACCGAUCCAGUCCGUUGUUUGCCUCGCGUGUGGAAUUCUGUACAUACAUUUUCAUUUUAACGAGAUACCGUUUUUCAUUCUGGCCAGCACCUUCAUAACUGUGAUGAUGAAUUUGGUUACUUGUUCGAGGACAGCACUAGUUAUGCUUUUCGAACGUUACCUUGUAUUAACUGGUCGCUUCAUAACGGUAAUGCAUCUAUUCAAUUUCCAGAAGAAUUCAGAUUACGCUUAUAAGCUUUGCACUUUCGUGAACAGAAUGUCCCAUUUUUACACACUUUAUGUGUUAUUUUCGAUGUUUAUGGGUCUAGGGCUGUUCAAUCUUCUACCGUUGUACAACAAUUACGUGUCCGGGGCAUUUUCGGAUCCUUAUGGACCCAAUGUAACGUUUUUCCAUUCUGUUUAUUUUGCUUUCCCCUUCGACUAUUCUCACAAUUUUAGGGGAUACAUCAUAAUGGCCUUAUUCAAUUCCUAUGUGUCAGUUACAUGCUCGAUUGGAUUGGUAAUGUUUGAUUUGCUCAUGUGCCUCAUGGUAAUGCACGUUUGGGGUCACCUUAAGAUACUCUCACACAAUCUCAUAAAUUUCCCGAGACCUAAAGCCAGCCAUGUCAUCACAACGCCCAACGGACCAACGAAUGUGGAGACGUAUACAGAGGAGGAGUCGAAAGAAGUUUUCGCUAGACUACGUGAAUGCAUAAAACACUAUGGAACAGUUGAUGAUUUCGCCAAUGAUAUGUCUGAAACGUUUGGAGUUAUUCUAUUGGUGUACUACGGUUUUCAUCAAGUUAGCCUAUGCAUGCUGCUCUUGGAGUGUUCUGAUUUGUCCACGAAGGCCAUGUUACGUUACGGACCCUUAACCUUGAUCAUGAUUCAACAAUUAAUUCAAAUAUCCAUUAUAUUCGAACUCCUCGGGAGCGUGGCGGAUAGAAUACCAGACGCAGUGUAUCAAUUACCUUGGGAAUGUAUGGAUGUGAAGAACAGGAGGGUCGUGUACGGUUUCCUACGAAGGACACAGAAUCCCGUACGAUUCAAAGCAAUGGGUAUGCUCGACGUUGGAGUACAGACGAUGGCGAGUAUAUUAAAGACAUCUAUUUCAUAUUUCGUGAUGCUUCGAACGGUGGCAACAUAAAAGUAAUAAUAGAGCAAUCCGCACUAUUUUUUUAAUUCUUACUACAAAUAAUUUCUAACUAAUCUGCUUAUUUCACUAAUCACAUAUUAUUGUUAACUAUUCGUUCAUAUUCCGAUGUAAUGAUUUAAAAUUGCUAUUACUAGGUGUGAUAAAUAAGUAUCACGUGAUUGAUUGAAUCACAAAUUGAACAAUUGAACUAUAAAUUGAACUGAAUUGUAUGAAUCACAUUCGAUCCUAACACUAGUAGGUACUUAGGUAUUGGAAUGCUUCGAAAAUAAAAUAUAUUGAGUAA